AGUUCGAGAGAAGGGUCGAGAAAAACAAGAUUCAAUCCAAGUUCAAAACGAAGCCACAGGCAUGGCCCUUUUGUUGCCUCAGCUGACGCACGGGCUUCUUGCAUGAGCAAUCCUUAGUUCGGAUCUCAAAUUUUCUGGGGAUAGUAGAUUCGAAGCAUGAGGCUCCGUCUCGCCCUCCGAGCGGCCGCGCGCUCGGCGGCGAAGGUCUCGCAAAAAAUUUCCGCGCCGGAGAUAUUCCGGCGCUCGUACUCCCAACUCCACCCACAAUCCGAGAGACCUUCGUUCGGGAUCGCCUUCGACAUCGACGGCGUUGUUCUUCGCGGUCGCACUCCGAUCGGUGGGUCGCCGCAGGCCCUUCGGAGGCUCUACGGCGACGAUGGUACUUUGAAGAUUCCAUUUCUGUUCUUAACUAAUGGAGGCGGGGUUACGGAAUCAAAACGAGCACUGGAGUUGAGUGAGCUUUUAGGAGUUCAUAUCUCACCUGUCCAGGUAGUGCAGGGACAUUCUCCUUUCAAAGAGCUGGUGAACAGAUUUGAAGAUGAACUAAUUGUUGCUGUUGGGAAAGGGGAACCUGCUACAGUAAUGUCAGAGUAUGGGUUCAAAAAAGUUCUUUCCAUAGAUGAACAUGCAUCAUACUUCAGUGACAUCGACCCCCUGUCUCCUUACAAGCAGUGGAAAACAAAGCAAAUGUUGGAUAGUAUGUAUAAUUCCAAGGAAGUGAACCCGAGAUGCAACGUUUACUCCGACAGAGUGAAAGGAGUGUUUGUUGUUAGCGACCCUGUCGACUGGGGAAGAGAUAUACAGGUACUCUGUGAUAUCCUAAAAACUGGUGGCCUUCCUGGAAAGGAGAAAGGACAUCAACCUCCUCUAUACUUUGCAUCUGAUGAUCUUGAAUACCAGGCUGCGUUUCCUUCGGAACGGCUGGGAAUGGGUGCUUUUAGGAUUGGAUUACAAAGCAUCUUUAAUGCAGUCCAUGAUUCCCCUCUGGAGUAUACCUCAUUUGGGAAGCCAAAUCCAUUUGUAUUUAAGAACGCCGAGGCCAUUCUAUCAAAUCUCGUCUACAAUAUGUAUCCCCAUCAGGAGUUUGCAAUGGAAGGAAGAGGACAUACAUUCACUACUCUCUACAUGAUUGGCGAUAACCCUAAAGUGGAUAUCAAUGGUGCCUUGAAGGCGGGGCGCCCUUGGUUUUCUAUCCUCACAAGAACAGGGGUUUUCAGGGGGAAAGAUAACGACACACAGUUUCCUGCAGAUUUGGUAGGUUGUUGAUACUGUUGAAGAGGCUAUCGAUCACAUUUUAAGGAAGGAGUGCUCAACAUCUUCGUCUGCUUUUUAGGCAAGUUAGUGCCAUUUGCAGGCUGGUUGUAAUAUGCUGAAAUGUAACAGGCUAACAGCUAUGCUGUGCUCAUUGUUUCUGAAAUCCGAUCAGAUAAUAAAUUAUUAGUUCAUUUUAUCAGAAGGCAUCAUUCUGAUGCAUUUGUGUGACA